AUGUGCUUCAGCUCCAGCAUCGCUCACCUGGUCUCAGGGGUGCGGACGAAAGACGGAGGGCUGCUGGAAGCAGAUGUUGUAGUGGCCAACGCAGACCUCCCGUAUGUCUACCAGAACCUAUUGCCAGAUAAAAAGAUGGGAGAGAAAUUUUCACAUCUCAAGUAUACUUCAUCAGCGAUCAUGUUCUAUUGGGGGAUGGACAAGCAGUUCACCGAGCUCUCUGUACAUAACAUGUUCCUUGCCAAGAAUUUUCGAAGUUCCUUUGAUGACAUCUUCAAGAGGUUCACUCUGCCCGAAGAGCCCUCCUUCUACAUCCACGUCCCCUCCCGCAUCGAUCCGACAGCUGCUCCUCCGAACCAGGACACGUUCAUGGUGCUGGUUCCGUGCGGGCACAUCGAGGAGGCGAAGGAUCAGCAGUGGGAUGAACUGAUUGCUCGAGCUCGAGCAGCAGUCUUACGGAAGUUGAAGGAAGAAGUCAAGCUCGAGAGCAUAGAGGAGCAUAUCAAAUUCGAAGAGAUCAUCUCCCCUGCGAUAUGGAAGGACAAAUUCAAUCUCGCCAAGGGCUCCUGCUUUGGCCUCAGUCACACUUUCACGCAACUAGGGUACCUCCGCCCUCAGAACCAGCACGACACCCUCCGCAAUCUUUUCUUCACAGGAUGCAGCACGUGA